CUUAUACAAUCUCAUUUACUUUUCCUACAAACAGGUCUUGCUGACUCUAAGCCACAGCUGGUGACAUUUCUGGAGCAAAGACAAGGGUCCACCGGUGUGAAGAGACAAGCAGUAAAAACAGUGUUCCCAGGAAUAACACCCAGUGAUCCUAACCAUUACAGCAAGCCCACUAAUUGUAAAUCACUCUUUAUUAAACGAAGAAGAAUUAAUAAAGGGGAGAAACCUUACAAGUGUGAAGAAUGUGGUAAGCCCCUUAGUUCUCGCUUAACGCUUUCUAUACACCAGAGACUCCAUACUGGUGAUAAACCCUACAAGUGUGAAGAGUGUCAUAAAUCCUUUAGUAGUCGCUCAUCACUGUUUAUACACCAGAAGAACCAUACUGAUGAAAAAAACUUCAAGUGUGAAAACUGUGGCAGAUCAUUUUACUAUCCUUCAAUGCUGAAGCAACAUCAAAGAAUUCAUUCUGCAGAGAGACCCUACAAGUGUGAAAAAUGUGACAAAGCUUUUUAUGAACCUUCAUUCCUUAAGUGUCAUCAAAGAACUCAGUGUGGGAAGAAAUGCUAUAAGUGUGAAGAAUGUCACAAAGCCUUUCGUUAUAGCUCAACCCUUAGCACACACAAGAGAGUUCAUACUGUAGAGAAACCUUAUAAAUGUGAAGAGUGUGGUAGAUGUUUUAGUGCAUCUACAUCCCUUAAUCAACAUAAAAAUAGCUAUUGCAAAACUAAUCCCCAUACCUGCCAAGACUGUGGCAAAUCUUUUCCAAAUUAUUUGAAACUUAGACGACAUCAAGUGAUCCAUUCUGAAUAUAAUCCCCACAAGUGUGAAAAAUGUGACAAAAGGUUUUCCUGUUCUGCAAGUCUUAGGAAUCAUCAAAAAGUUCCUUGUGGAGAGAGAACAAAUCAGUGUCAAGAAUGUCACCAAACCUUUAAAUAUCAUUCAGCCUUUUUGAGACACAAGAGCAUUCAUACAAGAGAGAAAUCCUAUCAGAGUGAAGAUGUGGUAUGAUGGUUUCAAUAUGCUUGGCCCAAGGAGUGGCAUUGUUAGGAGGUGUGGCCUUGUUGGAGUAGGUGUAUCAUUGUGGGCGUGGGCUUUAGUACCCUUGUCCUAGCUGCCUGGAUGCCAGUC